AUGCCUACCUCUAACGCCUCAAAUACCUCUUCCCCUGUUAAGCGCCCCGGUCUCGGUCGCCGUGCGGUGUCCUCCCAUGCAGUUGUCACGCGGAGCGCCAAUCCUAAUGACCUGUCGCUGUCUCACACGCAGAAGGCACUUCUACAUCAUAAACCUCACCGCGCCCAUGUCGUUGGUGCCCGCAAUCACCACCGCAACCCCUCUACCAGCAAAAACUUUAACAAACUCCAACGAUUCCAACUAGCUCCCGAGACUGCUGGGCGGCAUCAUCAGCGCAAGAAGUCAGCCCCCGCAACUCCAGUGGCGAGUCCAAAGGAAAGUGGGCACGUUCGCUGGGAUAACGUUGUGGAUGAUCGUACAACUGCUCCUUCCAUGAAGAGAAACUAUUCUACUCCUGUGUUGCGCCGGAAUCCAUCAGCCGUUGGGAAGAAAGCGUUGGUGACUGAGCGGCCGCCCCCCAACACGGUAAAGAAAAAGACGGUCGGCUUUGAGCUGGGGGAUGACGAGACCGACGACGCUGAGUGGGAAGAUACCACGCAGUCACCCGAAAGUACGAGGCGCAACUCGGUGGCACCAUCCAAUCCCAGCGCAGACAAUAGCACCGUUCUUGUCGAUCACCUUACCUUUGUCAAGCGACCAUAUCCCCAAAUGCCUCGAGCGACCAGUCUCCCCGAGUCGAUCACCACCAAGUUCGUCCGAGAGCGUACUGAACUGGAUGAGGAGGAUGAGGAUGAGGAAGCUGAGCAGCAGGACUCGGAAGAAGAGGCCGAUGAGUCUAGUCAGCACACUGAACAGGGCGACAUAGCAAACCGCCUCCUAAGUCCUACGCACUCAUCCAAAGCGCCCCCUGCCAUGUCCUCUAUCUCGGCUAUGGUGAAGCCAGAAGCCAAGAAUCUCAAUCCCGCAUCGCGUAGUAGCGCAUCUCUCAACCUGGCUGCUGGCCAGGACAAUGCUCGGCGCACAUUCUCUACAACCAGCAUGGCCAGCAUGCCGAGCUCUCACCCCCAAGCUACCUCAUCUUCUAUGGAAGGUGGAGUCUCGAGGUUCAUUUUGAACAACAAGAAUAGCACGCAGGCAUCUUCUCGCACCGAUUCAGACCCAAAUACCCCAUCGUCGUUCCUCCCGCACUACCACCCACAAACACCGCCCUCUCCGAACAGUGCAGCGGCCAAAUUGAUCGCAUCUCCCGCGCGACCGCGUGGUGCUGACCUGCCUUCUCGCACACAGCAGAAGCUCUGGCUUCAACGUACUGCCACUCUCAAUAAUUCUCCUCCUGAUAACCAUGGAGUGACCGCAGCAGUUCCGCCGUCUGCCAUUGACCCAACGUUUAUUGCUGCUAGCCACAACACUUAUGACGCCGGCAGGGGGCUCAACGGCGAUGGUCGAGCUGGCGGUGCAGGACACGACAUCGAAACUCGUCAUAUCCGCAAAGCGUAUGAGAAGACAUCCUUAGAACUGAUGGUCGUGCGACGUUUCCAGUCCCCCACCGGCCAGAGCUUCGCUCGUCUUCGUCAUAUUGUCCGAGCCAACAAAGCGGAGCAAGGAUCAGCUCUCGGCAAACCAGUCAAAUCAGCACCUUCGCUGCCCCUUCUGCAGCAAGGGAAACAGCCCAGUCGCCUCGGCUCCAACCCUGCAUCUAAAUCCCAAUCGCGUAAUUCAAACCCCACCGCCUCCGAAGAUCCAGCCACAGACAACGAACCUAUCAAUACCGCAAAGGCUGCCAAGUCUAACGAUCUACCUCAUCGUAUCCUCUCCACUUCAGCUGAAGCUCCGCGUGACCUCAGUGGUGACCAUGACGAAGGAUUCCAGAUUAACGACAGCGCCAUGCUGAUCCGCCGGAUGUGGGAGAGCCGAGAGGUCGCCAUCCACGGCUAA